UGGGGCCGGGACUUCUCCAGCAGCGGCGGCGGCGGCGGAGCUCGCUGGGCCCGGCUCGGUGGCGGCGGCGGUGGCGAGGAGAAGGAGGUGGAGGAGGAGGUGGAGGGAGGAGGAGGAGGAGGUGGUGGGGGUGCCCGCUGCGGAGAUGGCCAACAUCGCGGUGCAGAGGAUCAAGCGGGAGUUCAAGGAGGUGCUGAAGAGCGAGGAGUCCUCAAGAUGCAUAAUUGUGGGUUUACUUGCAAAGAACAAGAAGUCCUGCUGUAAAUUUGGAGCAGCUGACAGCAGCUUAGCAGUUGACAGCCCGGAGAAACCAGCGGAUGUUAGAGUGAUUGCAGGACCUGAGCAGACGAGCAAAAAUCAAAUUAAAGUAGAUCUUGUAGAUGAAAAUUUUACAGAAUUAAGAGGAGAAAUAGCAGGACCUCCGGACACACCAUAUGAAGGUGGAAGAUAUCAACUAGAGAUAAAAAUUCCAGAAACAUAUCCAUUUAAUCCUCCUAAGGUGCGGUUUAUCACCAAAAUAUGGCAUCCUAAUAUUAGCUCAGUUACUGGGGCCAUUUGUUUGGAUAUACUGAAAGAUCAAUGGGCAGCAGCAAUGACUCUAAGAACAGUGUUGUUAUCACUGCAAGCGUUGUUGGCAGCUGCAGAACCAGAUGAUCCACAAGACGCAGUAGUGGCAAACCAGUACAAACAAAAUCCAGAAAUGUUUAAACAGACAGCUCGACUUUGGGCACAUGUGUAUGCUGGAGCACCAGUUUCUAGUCCAGAAUACACCAGAAAAAUAGAAAACCUUUGUGCUAUGGGCUUUGAUAGGAAUGCAGUAAUAGUGGCCUUGUCUUCAAAAUCAUGGGAUGUAGAGACUGCAACAGAAUUACUCCUGAGUAACUGAGCCAUGUAGAGAGAGCUGCUUCGGUAGUCCAGCUUGCCCCUUCUGGAGGAGCAUCACCAUCUGUUAUUUUUAGGAUUCUAUAUAGAUUCUCUUUUAAAACUGGCACUCUUGCCUGAUGAUGCUAUCUAGGCACUAUUGGAGACUGAAAAACCGCUCUGUAAAUAAAGCUAAUUAAACGUCUGUGUAAAUUUAAAAAGGGGAAAUACUUUAAUUUUUUUCUUACUAAAUAUUGUAAAAAUUCUUUGAGCUCAGCUAAAAUAAUGGGGGAAAAACAUGCCUACUUUAGUGUUUAGCAGUGUGACGAAGACUAGCAGGAACUUGCUUCAGGAUUUUGAUUUAGUAAUUCAGAAAGCAACAUUUUUGAGUGUUAGUCAUCAAAAUUGUUGGUGCCACUCAUCACAGCUAUCUUACUGUUUUUAACAUGGAUCCUAUGUGCCUGUGGAUUGACCUAUAUUUGCAUGCUUGUACUUAAUAGACGUAUUAGGUAGGGUCGCUGAAGAGAGCACCAUUUAAAUACUCGAGUGUUCUUGUACCUAUUUUCCUGAAAGACUUAAAAGAUUUACCCAAAGUUCCAAAUGGUGACCUAUUCAGAACCUUUUUCUUCCUAGCUUAUAAAAUGGGAAACCUCAGUGUCCUCUCCCUGACAUCAUACAGCUAAAAACCCUCGCUGGAUUAUUUCUCAUUAUCUGUUGGAAUUGUGUGCCAUUUACAGUAGCCUAGGCUCCCUUCUAAAGAAUAUAUUUUGAAUUAUCAGUGAUGAUUUUCAUCCAUCGUAUUUUCUACACAUCUCAUAAGGGUUUAUUAUGCCUCGAUAUAGCACAAAAAGAUGGAGCUGGUUUUCUUUACUUUUCUUGUCUUAAAUGGAUGUAAAAUGUUCAGUAUAUCCUGGAUAAUAUGAUUUCACUGGAUUUGAAGGAGGAAAACGCUAAUUCUCUAGCAUACUGAGAAUUAUUUUUUUCUUUUGAGUACUUGAUAUGAUGCAAUCAGCUGUUUUUGCAGCAGUUUUCUAGCUUUAUUUUGGGCUUCGAUUUAAGGAUUGCUUACCAGGUACUUUAAAAUUCAUCCUUGCUUGCAUUUUUCUCUAGUUGACACAUGGAGGCUGUGUUGGUGUUUUUUCUGUACAUACUUCAAAUGCACAUAGAAGUAGAAGUGUGUUCUCAAUUUAGCUUUCUUUUGGAUUGAUGUUUCUGAUAAACGAGAACUGAACUCUUAUCUUGGCUUGUACAUACAGUCAGUCGUUUUAUUCGUAUUAAAAUGACAUUUCAUCCCGAGUGCAAAAGCUUGAAAAUUAUUAGUUUUGCAACUUCAAACACUAGUACAUCUAUUUAAAGAGAGCGGUAAUGCCUUUAUGAAUAUGAUGCUAACUCUUGAGAAUAUAUCUGACAAGUAAGUUCAGAGAAAUCCUGAGAAUAGAGCGGGGAUCGUUGAUCAUAAAGUACUGUACAAGUCAUCUUUUCCGUCACUGUUUCUUCUCCUGAGCAGUAGGAUUCAUGGGGCCGGGGUGGGGAAAUACAUGUCUGUUUGGGAUUUUUCUUGAACUAUGAAGUACAAGUUGCAGUAGUUUCACACUUCGUAGACAGUCUGUUUAUAAAUUGUACGAGAGGAAAUCAGAAACAUUGUUGUAUGUGUUAAAUUACUGGAGCAUAGUCAUAGUAGAACAGAACCAGAAAAUAGAGCUGUAGAGACCUAACUAGCUCAGGGAUGUUCCCUGGGCUUUCUGUCUGACGUGUCCAAGCUUAAAAUAUUUCAGGGCACAGACAGUAAAUACUUGUAACUCAUAUCAGUGCAAUACUAAGUGCAUCUGCUUAGUCUUUACAGCUUUUUAAGGUGUAGUCAGUGAUUUUUUUUUCUUGAAUUAGUGUAAAUCAUUCUCGAAGAUGCCAAAGGAAAUUGUUUUGUCUUUCCUUAUAUUUAUUUAUAUUUUUUUUACAAAAAAAAAACCUGCUACUGUUCGGCUGGUUUGCUAGGUGAAAACCAGGGGCGGUAGGAAACUCUGGCAGAUGCCACUUGUGUUAACCUCACCUCGCUGUCUUUUGUUGUACAGGCUAAGAACUUCUUGGUUACAUCAACACCUUUUUUUUUUUUUAUACCCUGGUGGUAAUUAUAAAUUGCUGACUACUUUCCCUCGUUCUUCGCUGCUAUUUAUCAAGAGAAGGAACUUGGAAAUCAUUGUCAGGGGAUGUAAAACUUCUCAGUUACGGGCUGCUGAAUGUGUCUUGACAAGACCGGUCUCCUCAGAACACCGCUGGGAGCGCGUGCCCGGCCAUAACCCGAGCAGGUUGCCCAAACUGUGGCUGAGGGGGUGAAGGGAGAUGGGGAGAACAGAGGAGAAGGUGAGGUGGUCAGGGCCGCCACUGCAACAAUGUUUGUUGUGUUUUAUUUCUCAUGAAGUUACCUCAUUUUCAUCUACAGAAAAAUGCUCGCCUUCCCCUGUCCCCUUGCGUAUAGGCGCUGGACACUGCUUUUUGCCCUCCAUCCGCGUGCUUUAUAGCAAAGAUACCUUGGUGCUAGCACAGAUGCUGGCAGAGGGAAGCUUCUCAAGACCUGAGCUGGGAAGGAAAGGUGGCCCAGCAUUUGGGGAGACAUCUGCGGUCUGAAAUUCCUAUGAGUGGUGACGUGAGUCCUUUAUAAGGAAUGUUUUUGUAUUCCUGGCAAUUAUCAGAGUUGAGUUUAGGGGUAACGUUGUACCAGGUUAGUCGAACUGCAGCUGGGGCUGAGCCCUAGAAGUUUACUGUUAGUGUUCAUCAUUGUGAGUUUGCACGUGUGAAAUCCUCGUUCUGUUUCGUGUGAGCAUCUCUGUUCAGGGCCCCGUGCGUUCGCAGGCUGCGGCAUGUGCACUGCUUACUUAAAACAGGAAGGUGAAACACGGGGACAGUUGAGUUGCUUUCUAAGCACAAAUAAACCCUGCGUUGUCUUCCGCCGUUGUUUAAGAAAACAGCUCGGAGCAGGGCUUUUGAAAUCCAGAUGGCCCAGUUGUGAGCAAGGUGUUGGUACUGGAGCUCGCUGCUUGCCAGAGCAUCAGGCUUUGCUGCCCAACGCUGCGAUGUGCAUCUGGCCAAGUGGUUUCUCUCUCAUUUUGUUGGUGGGGAACAAGCAACUCCUGUCACAUCUAGUUCCUCAGACUUGAGUAUGUUUUUGCUUAGAGGUAAAGAAGCGUCUUUGUGUUGCCAAAAGCCUGAGUUUUCCUCUGAGUGCCAAAAGUCCUCCCCGUAUCACCCCCACUUGCCGAACUUGCAGCUUUCUCCCGUGAACAAGCUGUGUCCUCGGCGCGACGGACUGGUACAGCUCAGAGACAAAAUCUUACCACAUAUCCUUCCAGCAAGACGUGGCACUCAGUGCUGCUCAUUCUGCCUCGCCCAAACUUCCCAUCGAAAGGACAAAGCUUGCCACAGCUUUCAAGUUCAUAGCGGCAGCUUUUCAUGCGAGUGAGCGGCUUUCUACCACGGCUCACGUCAGCUGCCAGAGCACAUGGGGCCUUGACUCGAACUGGUUCAAGAGCAUUUGUUUGAGGAAUUAGGAACCAGUGGUGUAGGAAUGUGUCCCUUUUUUUUUUUUUUUUAAUUACCAUUGUAUUUAACUCUUCCAAGUAAAUUAGCAUUGGAACACUGGCAUAAGGAAUAUAGGCUUUUUUUUUUCGUGUGUGUGAAAAGAGGAAUUAAAUAGCCAGAAAGAAGCUUACCUUGUAAUGCCAAAUCUGCGUUAGAUGGUGUGGGUAACAAACAUUUAAACUAUGCAAAUCCGGGCUUAGCAGCUGUGAAUCAGACCAGGCACUUCAGAGCAUAUGGAUUGCUUGUUUGAUGGGGGAAGAGGGAAGGGGAGGGGGAAAAGCAAACCUGAACAGUUUCAAGCAAGAGUUCUUGUUUACUGCAUCGGUCAUACGCUGUUACUGUGAAAUGUUCCAUUUUCAGAGCAAGGGGAAGCUGAGCUGUGUGCAUGGCCCUUGCUUCCUUCCUAAAUACCAACAAAAGCUAGCUUAGACUUGGAGGCUUGCCCAAAGGGGAAAAUGAUAAAUAAUUGAGCAGUGAAGGUUAGCUUUAUUUAACGUCUGCUUAUGAGCAGGCACAAGAAGAUGAGAGGUCCCCUCCUGCUCUGUUUUGUUGGCUGUGGAAGCUGAUCAAGAGCGUCUUGAGCGUAGCUCUGGCUUGUGAUCCAGCGAUUUGCUUUGUAGGACUUGAUGAGCACUUGGCUAAGAAAUAGCUCGCGAGAACGCAUUUCAUCACGCCAUCUAUUGCACCACUCAUCGAGUGCCUAGGGCUCUUUCUGAGAAGACCACGUAGGUGGUUUCACUGCUACUGUCCUCAUUUCCCCAGCGCAGCGUUCUCCCAUGGCCAGGUAAAGGGACAGUCGCUUCUUUCCUCUUGUGAGUCCGAUCUCCUCCAACACCAUCGGUAACAACACGUAGCUUGCUCUUCCUGCCGGUGCUGUUAGCGUCAUCGGCCGAUUCAUCCUUAGCCUCACAAGGCCAGCUGCCCUUACCCCAUUUUGCUUCUUGCUCAGUUAUCCCAGCUGCAGCGCUCUGUAGUCAGCGGCUCGAGUUUUCAGCUUUGUUCUCAUUCAACAAACUCUUGCAAGUCAUUUGCACUGUACUGUGACGUGAUGUUCCUUCUCCGCUGUUACCUGCUUUGUAGGCAUCCAAAUAGCUAGCCGAUUGCUUACGGUGCUGAGCCAUUCAUUGAAAAUGUAAGUUGAGAGACUCAACAGCUGAGGAAAUGUACUGUGAAAAUGCUGUACUUGUCCAUUUCUGGUUUCCGACAACUGCUGGUGCUCUGUUGUUGCGUCUGAAGGAGGCUGCCAUCAUAAGAACGCUGAUGUCAACUGUUGAAGAACCCUGCUUUACACUUUCCUUUUCCAUCCGAGAUUCUGACUUUUCUUAAAAAAUAUAUAUAUAAAAAUAAAUAAAAACAAAAAAAUUACAGAAAUAUAUAUAUAUUGCAGGAGGUUGGUUCCUGAGCAUCAGGCUUCCUGUAAAGGAUGAGUGGGUGGGCUGGAAUGCAGCAUCAGUGUUUUUUGUCUUGAAAAUAAAAACUACACAAACACUUUUGUACACAGAUGAUUUUUUAAAUAAACACACAUUUUAAAAGA